UACGUUAGGAAAUCCUGCUAGGUGAAUCAGCCAAUAGGAGCCGUUGGCGCGAACCACGGCGCAUGCGCCAUGCGGCACGGCAGUCAGGUGAUAGGGCGCAUGGAAUGCGCUAGGUAAGCACGUUUAGUUCAUAAAAGCGAACCAGCAGCGUGGUUCGCUCUCUUUCUUGAUCCAGAAUUCCGUGUAGGUAGUCAUUAAGUAAAGUACGUACAAUAAAUUGUGUAGAAGUGUAGUUUUUAAAAAGUGAUUCGUUACAAAGAAAUCCCUAACUGGUGUCAGAAGUGGGAUACGCGAGUGAUUGGUGUUUAGAAAAGAGAUAUCGACGACAGCUCCAGCCAUCAACGCAGAGGUCGGACCGCAGAAGGAACCGCUCAACGCAGAAGGCAACCGGACGACGAACGAUAUCCGCCAGAUCGCAACCCACGGAUGAUCUUCAUCAUCACGUAAGUUCUACCCUACUUUCUACUUCUUUUACAAGUGAUUGUGUGAAUUUAGUGCGGUGAUUAUUGCGCGCUUCAGUGUAUAAGAUGGCUCCCGCGACACGAACUGAAGAGAUUGAGCAGCUCAAGACUAUGGUCGAAGAGCUUAAGUUGCAACUCGCAACACAAAACGAAAACGAUCGCGAUUCUGAAUUGGACGAGCUUCGGUCUGAAUUGACCGAACUACGUGGCCAAAUAGCGGUCGGAAAUAAACAGGGCGGAGAUGCGUUCAAGCUCCCCGAUCCCUUCAAAUUCUUGUCCGAAUUCUCGGGCAAUAAGAAAGAGCUCGCAGCUUGGCUCGAGGAGGUCGAUGACCUCUAUAAUGACUUUAAAGUCAAGAAUCAAAGUGGGGGGUACUCCAUUUCCAGCCUUUACCUAAGGGCUAUAAAAAACAAAAUCAAAGGGGAAGCACGCACACUUCUGUGUGCUAGUGGCAACCCCAGCACAAUCGACGGUAUCAAAAAGAUACUCGUUGAACAUUAUGGUGACGAGCAAGACUUCAUCACAAACCUAUCGACUCUAUUCCGCUUGCGGAAAGCUGAUAGAACACACCUCCGAUUCUUUAAUGAGAUGAAGGAAACAAGCAUCAGAUUGAAAGCAAACCUUCAAUCAAAACCGCUCACCGGCCUCGAGAUAAUUGAAAUUAUCACGGUGACAAAAUACCUGGAUAACAUCCAGGAACCAUUGGGCUCCAUUAUCAGGAACUCGAAACCGCGAAAUUUAGAGGAAGCAUACCAAGCGGUAUUGCUCAACCAAAAUGCGGAGAUGCGUGUCAAGCCCCAAUAUUCCAACCAAACUUACAUGGGCAAACAUAAAUCAUUUAAGCCACAUGGUGCAAACUCGAGCAGUCAGCAACAUGUGCAACCCAACACCUCGCAACCUAAUCCGAAUAAACAUUCGGCGUAUAAAAAACCUGCCUUCCAGCCAAAGCCACGUGCUGAGGCCCACAAUAACGAGGUGGAGGAGGUAAACGAACCAGAGCCUCCGGUAGAAGUUCCUACGGAGAAUGAUGACCUUGAUUAUUCUGACGAAGAACUAAAUUUUCAGACUGCCAGGGGACCGAAGAACAAAACGUAAAUUUCAUUCCGUACGUACGCUUCCCAACAACGAAAGGAACCCUAAAUUUCUUAGUUGAUACGGGAGCCAACAAAUCGUACAUCAAUCCAGAGCAUGUUAAAAAGGCGAAAACAGUCACCAACCCGUCUAUGGUGACGAACAAAAAUGGCAAAUUUUUUAUUGAUAAAGUGGUUCACGCGAACCUUUUCUCUGAUUGUUUUCCAGAAAAAUUGCCAUACUAUGUUUUUAAGUUCCAUAAGUUCUUUGAUGGACUUAUUGGAUACGAAAAUUUAUCCAAAAUGAAAGCGGUAGUGGACACUAAACGCCAUCAUUUGGUAAUCGGAAACAAAUCAUACCAGUUCUCAAGAUAUUACCCUUCCUCAGUAAACUUUCACAUUCAAGAGAACUCUAUCGCCCCUAUUUGUACUACAAGCAACGGUACAUUUUUGAUUAAUGAGGAGAUAAAUCUUUCUCCUCAAGUUACGCUGAAACCUGGUCUGUAUUCUGCUGAAGGUAACAGAGCCAUGGUUCACCUUUCAAGCAGGUCCCAAUCAGUCCCACAAAGGAUUGAUCCAUUUUGCAAUGAUGGUUUCGUAGUGACAAACGAGAAACCACCAAAACUUAACUUCCCUAGCGAGCAUCUGAACAAUGAAGAGAAAACUCGUUUGAUUCAGACUCUACGUCCUUUUAGGGAUGUAUUUUUUCAAGAGGGUAGAAAAUUGACAUUUACCCAUCAAGUGAAACACAAAAUUACUACUUCUGAUGAAGCCCCUAUUCAUCAGAAGACAUACAAGUAUCCCUAUCACCUACGACAAGUGGUAGCAGAGCAGAUUCAAAAACUACUGGAAACAGGAAUAGUUAGAGAAUCUUGCUCGCCUUGGACAUCACCCAUUUGGGUGGUGCCCAAAAAGAUGGACAAUUCUGGGCAACGGAAGUACCGAAUUGUUAUUGAUUACAGGAAGUUGAACGAAAAAACUCCGGCUGAUAGAUAUCCAAUUCCGGAAAUAAGCGAAAUUUUGGACCGACUUGGCAAAGCACAAUACUUCACGGUGCUGGAUCUCGCUAGCGGUUUUCACCAAAUCGAGAUCGAUCCUGUCGAUAUUCCAAAAACGGCUUUUAAUGUAGAUGGAGGUAAAUUCGAAUUCGUUCGAAUGCCCUUUGGGCUGAAAAAUGCCCCCGCUACAUUUCAACGCCUUAUGGAUUCAGUCCUCCGUAAACACCUGAAUAUUCGAUGUUUCGUCUAUAUGGACGACAUCAUUAUUUUCUCGAGCUCAUUGGAAGAACAUCUUCAAGACAUCAAGAAAGUUCUUCAAACCUUACGAGAAUCCAAUCUUAAGGUACAAAGCGAUAAAUCGGAGUUUCUCCGAAAAGAAGUCGAAUUCCUCGGGCACCUGGUGACUACAGAAGGGGUCAAACCUAACCCGAAGAAAAUCGAAGCCAUCGUUAACUGGCCUCUCCCAAAGAGCCCUAAAGAAUUAAAAUCAUUCUUAGGAACGAUAAGCUAUUACAGGCGAUUCAUUCCUCGUUUUGCUCACAUAGCAAAACCUAUGACCUCCAAGCUCAGAGGUAAAACCAAGGUAGUGGAAAUUGACGAUGUGUACAAAAAAGCGUUUGACGAAUUAAAGAAGAUAAUGACGUCAGAACUUUUGUUAGCAUAUCCCGAUUUCGACCAACCUUUUAUAUUGACGACAGAUGCCUCCAACGUUGCCAUUGGAGGAGUGUUGUCACAGAGUAUUGAAGGGAAAGAGAAGCCAAUUGCUUAUCUUUCUCGGACUUUGUCAAAAGCGGAAGAGAAAUAUUCCGCCACGGCAAAAGAACUACUCGCUAUAUACUUUGCUGCUAAAACGUUUCGCCCAUAUUUGUAUGGUAGGACGUUUAUUAUAUACACUGACCACGAACCAUUGACCAAGGAACUGAAACUUACAGACGCUACCGGUCGAGUCACCAGACAGCGACUGUACUUAGAGCAAUUCGAUUUUAAACUGAUCUACAAGCAGGGAAAACAAAACGUCGUAGCCGAUGGCCUAUCGAGGAUCCCUCGUGUUGAACUGAACAUUCAAACUGUUCUUGAAAACGAAGUUUUCGAUAUCCACCCAGCUUACGAUCCGGAAAUUAUUAAUCAAUUCAAAUUGCAGGUUAUCCUCAGGGUCAGUGAUGACAAUAGGAAGAGCCCUUAUAUUAAUGCUACUAUAUUUCCAGGAUACACGAGGCACAUAUACCACCGGAAAGAAUAUACCGAGGAGGAUCUCUUGAAGAUCCUGAAGGACUGCUUGGUCCCAGGCACCAAUAAUGGGAUAUUCGCCCCUGUGGACAUUGUCUUGUCCUGUAAACGGAUCAUCGCAAGCAAUUUCAACCCUGGCAUGAAAAUCCACUUCUCAAAUCUGAGACUUCCGGAUAUCAUUUACGAGAAAGAACAAAUUGACUUUAUCAAAAAAUGUCAUAGUUUCAACCAUCGGAGUUGGAAGACUACAUACGAAGAAGUCAAGAAGUCAGUGUUCUUCCCCGGAAUGAUCACUAAAAUUAAAAACUUUGUGAAAGCUUGCGAAGAUUGCAAAUUUUCUAAAUACGAGCGAAAACCGUUUAAAAUCGAGAUAUCACGACGGAUGUACGAAAAACCACUCGAAAACAUCUUCAUUGAUGUGUAUGUGAAAGAGGGUGAAAAAUUUCUUACACUCGUCGACUCAUUCUCCAAAUUCGCUCAAAUUUAUAAAAUUUCCAACGAGACGUCAGAGGAGUUGACCGAAACCCUCACCGAGUAUUUCAAGACAUUUGGCAUUCCAAAACUGAUCUCAUGUGAUCAGGCAACCUCGUUCAGAAGUCAAGAUUUUAGAACAUUCCUGGAAACACACGGUGUUGCCAUUCACUAUGCUAGUAGUAGCAACAGUAACGGCAUAAUCGAGAGGUUCCAUAACACGUUACUUGAAAUGUACAUGGCAAAUAGGAAGAAAGUUGAUGAGCUUACACUCUAUCAGGGACUCUCUCUGAUCACUGCCAUAUACAAUGAUAGUAAACAUUCCGCAACUCUGCUUACUCCCCGCCAAAUAAUAUUCGGCAACGCGACCUCUCUAGAUUUACACGACAUAAAUCUCACAAAACAACGAAUAAUCAUGACGGCUAGGGACAAUAUUGCUCAAGAAGU